GUAAAAGUUCCAUCUGCAGUUCUUCACUGUGCCUGGUACCUCUCUGACCACCAUCAUGUCGAGGUUUUUCUCCGUUGUGAUUGGGAUUAUUCUAGUUUUUUCUGCAAUGGCACAAGGUGCAGACAAAGCCUCUUCUGGAGGAAAGUCAUACACCCUUCAACCCUGGCUGCUGGGCCUUACUGCUGUGGUUGUUUUCCUGUUCAUCGUUUUCAUCUUGCUGAUUGUUAACAGAAUGUGGUGCAAAAAAGAGAAGCAAAGAUCCAAUGAGGAGAACCCCAAAGAGGAAAGGGUAGAAAUUAAUGCUUAUGAAAAUAAAGCAAUGGAAAAGGAUGACGACGAUGAGGAAAAGGGCAAGAAGAAAGAGCAGAAUAAAAAGGAGGCAAAGUGGGAGGAGGAUGAAAAAGAGGAUUCCAAAAUCACUGCCAUGUGACUUAAAUAGCCACUACCAUUUCCUGGCUAAUUUAUUUUGCAAAAGUUUUGGGCAGUACAACGCUUGCAGUGUUUUAAACAAUUAAGGAUAUAUGUAAUAAAAGUAGUAAACAGAUUUUUUUUUGCACACACCAGAACAAAAAAAGUAGAUUUUUGUUUUGUAUAGUGUAUUUUUAAGGCCUACUUAAAGGUGACGUAUUUCUUCCCAAACAAAAUUUGUAUUACUUUUGUGCAAAGGAAAAAUUGCUCACAUUAAUGAAUCAUCUUUGGCAUUGUAGUAUGGCCUUCUUCUCUGCACUGAUUAUUCUCAUUUCCUGUAGCUUUAAACUUUACUGUCCUUAAAUAAAUGUUGCGUUCCUAAAUAUUAUUUUUACUAUCCAUUUACUCAUAAUUGCAAGCAAAAAUUUUUUUUCUUGUGGAAUGUAUACUUAAGCUUUACUCUGAAAUAAAGUUGACUUUUUCUGAA